ACUGGAGAAUAUAACGGAGUAAUACAAAGGCAUUCCAAGCAAUUUAAUGGUUAUGUAUAUGUACUUAUAUAUACACAACGGUGUGUGUUUUGUAUGUUUCAUGUUUUUCACUUGCUACAGAUGAACUACUCGUAAUUUCACAACGAAGUUAAAAAAUAAACUUUUAACAACAUACAGUUAUAUUAUGUGAACUCAAAAAUUGUGAUUAUAUUUAUCAACGAGUCGAUUGUAUUAUUAUAGAUGAAUUUACAAGACAGUUACUUUGCUGAACAAAUCGAGAACGACGUAACAUUGUUUGCCAAAAAUAAAACUCCAAAACGGGUUCUUAUUUUUCCGCCAGUUGAUAAUUAUAGACGAUUUAUUAUUCAUCAGUUAGUUCAAGAUAAUUUUUUCAAUCUGCUCAGUACCUUCUCGAUUGGUCAAGGGCUGGCGAGAAGAACAGUAGUUUGUUUUAAGUCAGAUCAAGUUGGUGUUUCAACUAAUACACAAAAUAAAAUUGAUAAUUUAAAUUUAAGUAUGGGAGUUAAUGAUGAGCCAUCAACAUCUCCAACGUCGACAGAUAAUACACGACAGAGGCAAGCAAAAUCAGUUCCUGACAUGCAAAUAUAUAGACCACCAGCUGCAAGGAAAGCAUCAAACAUCAGUCCAACUCCUAGUAAAGCUGGAAAACAAAGGAGACCAGAUCGUGCAGUGUAUGUGCCAAAAGGUCGUAGAAGUAUUGAAGAGGACAAUACCACUGAAGAUAUUAAUAAAUGUAACACAAUUAAGCCUAAUGAAUCAACAAAUAUACCUUUAAACAUAAGCAAACCUGAAAAAUCAUGUGAUGAACAGACUGUUAUUAGUACAAAAAAUGACAUAUUAGACUCUAAAGUGGAUGAUACCUGUUGCCAAGCCUUGAACGAUCCCUCACCAAUGUGUUCAAACUCCAGUCCACAAAAUUCUCUUGAAAUUAAUAAAUCAGUGGAAGCUACUAUUAGUGAUAUAAGUAAAGUUAAUAAUGGGCAUUAUGAAUUACAAAAAUCUAGUGACGACUAUGAUAAACAAUUGAAUAAGUGUAGUUUAGAUGAAACAAAAGUGAAAGAUUCGUCAGAAGUAGAAUUAAAAGACCAAAAUAGUGCUAAUGAAAAAUUGAAAAAAAUCGUUGUGAAGAAAAAUAAAUCUGACGUUUUGAUAAUUUCAACCGACGACAAUGUAUCUGAAAAACCAAAAGUUGAAGAUGAUGCAUCAACAGUACCCACAAAACCACCUGAUAAGAAAGUUAAAAAAAUGACAAGAACCAAAAGCAAACCUGCUUUACCACCAUCACCCCCGAUUAAAAUUAAUCGAGAUGAAUGUGAUUGGGAUAGUCUUUUCGAUGAUAAUGGUGAAUGUUUAGACCCUACGUUAAUUGAAGAGUUAACUGCAGCUGUUGGGGAAGUUGCAAUUGAACAUCCAAAGAAUGAUUAUAAGGCUUAUACUAAAACAGUCGAAGUGUCAAAUGACGAAUUGAGUCAUGUUAUAGAAAUAUAUAACUUUCCAGCUGAUUUUAAAACGAGUGAUUUAGUUGCUGCCUUUAGUCCCUUUAAAAGUGGUGGUUUUGAACUUAAAUGGGUUGAUGAUACUCACUGUCUUGGAGUUUUUAGCAGUUCUCUUGUUGCUGCUGAAGUGCUGGCAUCAGAUCAUCCUUUUGUGAAAACGAGACCACUGAGUGAAGCAACAGCAUUGAGUAAAACAAAAGCUAAAAAAAGUGCUGAAUUUUUACAACCUUAUCGAAGUAGGCCAGAAACAUGCGCUGCACUUGCCAGACGUCUUGUUACUGGGGCUUUAGGUGUUAAGCUAGCUACUGCUCAACAAGAACGAGAACAUGAGAAAGUAAUACUUCGUGAAGCAAAAGAGAGGCGAAGAUUAGCAAAUAAACAAAGAGAAGACGCUUGGGAAGGUAUUAUUACGACACAAAAAUGAUAUCGAAAACUUAUAAUGGUUAAAAUAAUAAUUGUAUAAAACGAUAGCAUUUUUAGAUCAUAUCGUGCCUUAUUCACCAAAAUUUAUUUCUAAUAAAUAUGAAUAUUUAA